GGGACCUGGCUCAGUGGUCAGUGCCCCUGGGUUUAAUCCUUGGUGCCAAAAAAAAAAAAAAACCAGUUUGGACCGGAUGCUCUUGAACCCCUCAUUGUCCAGAAGAAACAAAGCAAGGCCUUGGGGUGCCCCAGCUUCCCCCGGGAGCAGGGUCUUUCCCAGCCCCUCACACUGCUACCUUCAGAGGCUCCAGACCAGGCCCGGCCAGGAGCCUGGGAGCCGCCAGAGGCCAGGGCAGCAGGAGCCGUCUCCGAAACCCUCUCUGCGGCUGGCUGCCUGCAGAGGACUCCCUGAACCAGCCGGCCACGGGAGCCUGCUGUCACCUGCUGGGGAGACGGUCCUGCAGGAAGCCAAGCCCGGGACAGGGUCAUGGCCAAGCCUGUGGUCCCUCAGGAAGAGCAGCAUCUAGGGUGGAGCUGCUGACUCCACCUCUGUGGGCCAAAAGUGCCUGUGGACGUGUGCGCUCACGCGUGUCCGAGUGUGCCCAUGUGCACAUACACGUGGAUUCACGGGAGUGCCGGUGUGCCUUCUUGGAACGUGGGUACCCGCGUGUGCCUGGGGCCUGCCUGUCCUGUGUGCGCGUGGGGUGUGCGCCCUCGGGCCCGGGUGCCAGAGUUUCUGUGUGUACACACCCGCUCCUGAGUGCACGUCCCUGCGUCCCCCAGGAGCCCCAGGCACGUGCUCACAGUGUGUGCCUGCACCAGGGCCAGAGGGGCGUGGUGACUGGGACAGCUGUCCCCUCCUGGGGUCCCCUUGAGCUGGCGCUCAGCGGGGCCUGCUCCAGAAAGCCCCUGCCACCCAGCCCUGUGCUGUGGCUCCCAUGCUGAAGGGAGAUGGCCGCCCGACACGGUGCCCUGAGUGAGAACAGCAGCUCCCUCGGAUGGCGGGAGCCUGCCGGACCCCAGGGAGAGAACCAUCGCUUCUGCUCCUCCCAAGUCCCCAGGAUCUGAGCUCCUUUGCAGGCCGAUGGUGGUCCUCAGGACACGGGUGGACUUGGGUCAUACAGGCCCGGCUGGUCCACAGAGAACCUUUGUGGGUCCAAGGGCUCUGUCCAGGGCACCACAAGUUCUCCAAGCCCACGGGGUCCCCUGGAGAGAACUUGCUAAGCCCUGACCGUUACAGUUUCCCGUUCUCCUCUCCCCCAGGGAAGGGGAUGCAGACGCUCUGAACUGCAGGCCUGCGCCCGGGCAGUCGCAGCUCGAGUGCCCUCCUCCUAGUGAACCCGGCACACUGCUCGCCCACACCCAGCGCUCUCCCCGCACUGUGGCGAGACGGCAGCAAGCCCCUCCCACCUCCUAGGCCCAGGCCGCGGAGAAAGGGCACCGGGCCUUCUGGUGGUCACCCUGAGCCGCCCUGCACCUGCUCCUACUCCAACCUCACCCCAGAUCAAAGCUCGCUGUACCGCGUGCCCAAGAGAGCUGACCAGCGACUGCCUCUCGAGCAGCCGGGCCAGAGGACCGCGGCUGGCCUGAGGGCAGCAGGCUUCAUAGCACCGACGUCACAAAGCUGGGUGUCUCGGGGACUUAGACCUGGCAGGGUCCAGGCAAGCGCCACACAAGGGCCGACGGCAGGUUUAGGAUCCACACGGUGUGCGUCUCCAGUCGGAGCAGACAGAGUCCCAUCAGAGUGGACGAGGGGCAGCAGGGACUGGAGGGCGGGUGUUGCCUGGCCCAGCAGAGCCGGGCGGGGGCCAGCUCCGCGCACGGGCAGGACCCCGAGCAAGUGUUGGUCAGAUGGCGGCAGGCCAACAGAAACCCUCGUGUUUUACAGUGAACGGAGAUGAGCUUCCCAUGGCUUUGUGACAAGAUGGCUCCCAACCUCAGGACGGAUCAGGCUGGGUCCAGCACCCGCUCCCCAGCACCCCAGCACCCUGAGCACCUGCUCGGGGGCCGCCUGUGCUCUCUGCAGCCACAGAGAGGUGGAUUCUGGCUCUGUCCCUGGGGGUCGUCCUCCACCCGGGCCUCUGCCCACGCGUCCACUCACUCACAGACGAGACCCAGAGCAGUGAUGGACAGGACCUGCCCUCCAGAGUCAGCCUCAUGCAAGGCAGGGGACAUGGAUGACCCCUGAUCCUGGAAGACAUGGGGGGGGGGUGCAGAGGGUCCAAACAUUGGACAAACUGACCCUCCACUGAGCCCAGAGGCCGAGAAGGCAGGGGAUACGGGAGACCAGCAGCAAGUGCCCAGGGAGACGGGAGCCUGGAGCCACCGGCUGGGCCCUGGGCAGGUUCAGGCCCCACAGACCUGGGGAGGCCAGCGAGGGUGGAGGCCCAGAGGUCACCAGAUGACUGGUCCUGGGGACACUGGCAGAGGAGAACCCGGGGGCCAAAGAUGAGGAAGGGCCUGGGCAGGUGGGACUUGGGCUGAGCCGCCAGGCAGUGACGGGUGGGGGCUGGGGUGAAAGUCAGGUGUGCAGGAGGGACGGGCCGGACCCAGGGUGGAGGCCCAGGGGCCUCUUCAGUCACCCCCAUGGACUUGGGCUCCCAGUGGGGACACAGCCUGGGCCCUGGGCGUCUGCGAUCCUUCCCCGCGUCCGUCCUGCUGCACUGUCCUGGGCCCAGAGCUGGGUGGCCUUCUCACACCCUCCCUGGGGAGGGGCCCUCCUUCCUGGCUCUGCCGGGAACCCUGACACCCCCGCCCUUCCCUGAGUCCCUUGUCCCUGGCUGAGGCAGCCCACGUGUCCCCUGGGGAGCUUGGGGUCCGGUUUCAGGGGCCCCACCAAGCUCCCUGCACACUCUGAGAACAGGAAGGCAGCAAAGCCUCCCUCUCUGGGGCUCCGCGGAAGGAAUCAAGCCCAGAGGCUGGGGGGGUCUCGCCCAGCCCAGGUGCAGGGAGGGCUCCCAGGGAGCGGCCCAGCCCAGGCUCUCCUGGGGACGCGGCUUCUGCCACCCACCAGCGGCCCCAGCCCCUCCUUCCCGUGUCAGAGUGUGUGCGAGUGCACACGUGUGUGGGUGUGGGUGUGCCUGUGCGAGGGCCUGCCUGCAGAGCCCAGGCUGGCCAGGGAGCACGCUGGCCUCCCUGCUGGCCUCCCCCAGGAAGUCCAGGACAGAGCACUGUCCCGAUGAGUUCUGUGGUGGCUCCACCUGCAGGCUCCGACCUGGCCCAGGGAUGUGGCCGCCACCCAGCGCCCGUCCCCUGUGUGGAAGGACAGCAAUGUGGAAUCUCAGAGUCCCACGGCGGCCACAGCAGGGCUGGAGAGGCCCGUCAGAUGAUGUGACGUUAUUUGGAAAAAGGGACUUGGGGAUGGGGGCGGGGAGCUGAUGGUCCCUGGGCGUGACGCAGCUGGAACUCUAGUGGGCAGUCCUUCCUCUUAGCCUCCCCGAGAGGCAGCAGCAGCCCUCUGCAGGGCGACUGCUCCCUGCUGGAAUCCCGUGGCCCCACUGUGGUCCACAACCAGAGUUGGGGCCCAGGGAGGUUGGCGUGAGCUCUGGGGGCACACGGGUGUUACGGCAGGGGUGCACUAUUGAGGUGGACACGCGCACGGUCGUGGGAAAGGCCCCUAGAAGUUGUUGGAAUGGACUCUGCCUUCCUGAGGGUGACCAGGGGCAGGACACAUUCCAAAAGGGAUCCCCGGGAUCAGCAGCCGCUCGGCAAGUCCUGCUCACAGACGUGAAAACACGUGUCCCCCUCUCCCUCCUCAGGUGCUCAGAGAGCAGACGGAGCCCGGCCCGGGCAGAUGGCAGGAGGGACUGCAGUCACACCUGCUGCUCCGCCUGCUGAUGCGCGACGGCCCCCUGCUCCCAAGCACCCUCAGGGCACGUGUCCGGCUCUCCAGGGCGUCACAAGCUCAGGAGACGCCAGGUCCUCAUCCUAAGGAGCACACAGGCCACGGCCCCCGGAGCGCACUGGACCUGCCCUGGGCCUUGGAUAGGACGUGCGUCCCAGAAGGCAGGAAUCCACCCGGCCACCUGAGAGAGCACGCCGCUGCCCGAGGCGCCCCGGCUGCUCAGGAGGAGGCAGUGGGAGGUCGUCACAGGGGAAGGCCAGGAACAGACCAGGCUGCCCUGGCCACACGUGACAGAGCCUGCGGCAGGUCCCCCAGGUGACUCGCGGCACGACGCAUUAGCAGCUGACAACUAUUCUCAUCUUUAGGAGCAUCUGCUAUGAGGUUUGCUUCUGGGACUUAGAGACUGAACACGUAGGCACGGGCCACCAGUCACCCUGUGACCAGAGCUGCCUGUCACCAGUGGGGGUUGUCACAUCUGUCAACCACAGAACUGGAAAUCCAGGGAACGCCUCAACAGUCCCUGAGCCGGAGGAAGGAGGGACGCUCUUCGGUGCUGUGCCCCUGGUGGCCAGGCGGGGGUUGGGCAGCGUCCUCCAGCAUGGACUCUGAGCUGUCAAUCACACACGGUGCACGCGCUUUCUCUCCCAGAGCCAGGUGCAGGCCCCAGGGGCAGGGGCAGGUGGGAGCCCUCCUCUCCCUGCUCCCCCAGGACCCACUGGCAAAAUGUCUGCCUCCCACUUCUGCAACCCAGGCUGCACGCCGGAAAGCAGUCCUGACCCCCCGCAGGAGUGCUUCCCAGGGGACGCGAGGACGGUCCCUAACUGAAGUGGGUACUGCACUGGCUCCCGAGGUGCUUCACACAGGUGAGCCAACCCCGGGGCAAAAGAGGCCCUUCCAGCUGGGCACUUGCUGCUGACCGUCCAGAGGCUGGGCUGCCCGGGGCACACCAUCUGCCACGAAGGACAUCUUGACUCGGGGGACCCGGGGCACCCUUGGUGCUCCCACCCCGUGUGACCCAGGUGAGGCUCCACGCUGGCACGGUCAGUGCCCGGGCUUGGCCGCUUGGCCAGCUGAGGUGCUUCCUGGGAGAAAGGAACAGCAGUGGGGUGGCCGUGUGACUGCAGGACCCGGAGCAGAAGGGAGCCGAGGGACAGGGUGUCCGUGACGGGUUGGCGCAUGGCGUGCCUAGAUGCCAGAUCCCUCUCCCUACACAGGGCUAAAUCGGCGUGGCCACCGCAGGCCUUCAGCUCAGAUUCGGAGGACGCAGCUGGGCAGCGGUGGCCGUGGGCUUUCGUGUCUGGAAGUGUGGAGCAGCUGACAUCCCCAGGGGUGCUCCAGACUCAGGUCUGUCCCGUGAGGUUGGAGGAACUGAUGUGACUCCAUUUUUGAAAGAGCAGCCUCUACCUCAGCAGGCCUGUCCAUAGGGAGGGUGACCCUUGACCUUGGAAAACCUGUUCCUGGGCCACAAGCUCCCUGCUGAGUCCUCUGUCCUUGACUGAGCAAAUGCAAGUUCCUGAAAGACCCAAGAAGGCCUGAGGCCUGACCGGGGCCUAGCAGCAGCCAGCCAGAGCCACACACCCAGACGCCCAGCCCUCCCAGGGCUCCCUUUGUACUCUGGCAGCCCCUCGAGGCCUACACCAGUCGGUUCAAACCUGUCCACCUCUUGAACUAACCAGUCACCUAGCCAACCUGCUCCCCGGUGAAGGUGCUGACCAGUGUCAGGAGUUGUUGUGUGACUUUCCCGUGGUGUGGAAUGACUUGCUGUGUGAUGUUGUGACACAUAGAGGACCCCCCAAAACCUAUAAGGUCUCACUGGACACAGGACCGGGACUCACUCCCGGGACCGCUGCGUCGGGAACGGUUGAGUCCAGGCUGCAGCUUGCAGCAGACUCUUGUGUGACGGCAUCGCAUUCGGCUCCUGGCGGUCGGUCGAUGGGGUCCCCCGAGCCUGGCCUUACAGGCUCCCCGUCAAGAGGGCCCCUUGACGAGGCAAACCCAAACCCAGGGCUGCCAGCCAAGGCCGCUGCCCUCCGUCAGAGCCUCAGGCAGAAAGGGCAAGCAGGGCGGGGGACAGCCCCCCUCCUGGUGACCGCCCUGGGGCUCAGGAGGGUCCCUGUCCCCACACAGAACACGGUGGAGACAGGCUUCUCCCGGGGGAGCGGGGACUCUGAGCCAGAGCCUGUGGGGGGUGUGACUUCUUUACAGACUCCAGACCCCUCUAGUCAUUGUCUCCCCUGUGUGUACGUGACCAAGGGCAGGGACGCCCAGAGUGCCCAGGAGCACCGUCACAGAGGCCACCUCCCUCUCCACCCCACCCUGUUACCUACACUGACCGCCUGACCUCUGCCCUGCCUCAGCUGGCCACUGAGCCAGGCAGGGGUCACUUUAUAAACGUGUAUGUGGGGAGAGCUGCAGGCCCCACGGCGGAUGCCCGGUCCACCUCACAGCUCGAGGGCUGUGGCUGUGCAGGCCAAGGCAAUGGUCAAAAGAGACAGACACUAACUAUUUGGGGGCUGAUGGGGUGUUACUUGGCAAAUGGCCCCCAAACAGUGCAGGGGAGAAGGAAGUCCUUGUGCUGCACUUGGUGAGUGCAGAGCCAAACUGCAAAGCGGGAGAUGGCACUGUGGGGCCUGUGACCUGCAGCAGGUGAGCAAGGACAGCACGGGGCGGCUCCUUUCAGAGAGAUGCUGUCCCCGCAGAGGGUCCUGGUGUUUGGCGGAGGAGGCCUGGGAAAGGCGCAUUUCUGAGCAUGCUCCGCUCCAGGUCAUGGAGCACCUGGUCAGACGUCGCCAGAAAGGCCCGGGUGCUCCCUUCAGCCCUGGAACGACCAGGUCCACACGGGCUGCCGGAGUCGCAGUGACCUGAUGGCCUUGGCUGGCUGCUCCUUCGUUCUUCCAAAGAGCUUCCGCUGAGACGAAACGAGGACUUUGAAGGUGAAGGGAAACCCCAGCCGAGCUCUCUGCCUGACCCCGGCCCAGGCCAAGAUCUCCUGCGCCUCCUCAGGAGCCACAGGUCAAGGGCACGACUCUCCCGGAGGCCCGAGAGGUUUCAGAGGGCAGGAUGGCAGAGCAGAGUGACCAGUCCACUGGUGAAUGUCUCCUUGGGCGUCUGGCUCUGGGUUAGAGGCUCGGCUUCAGGGUGGGGGCCUACCUGCUGGUCCAGGCCUGUGAGUCAGGGCCUCUGCCUGACAGGGUCCCCGUGCCCUGCCCUGACUCCCCUGGACAGAGGCAUUGGUCCCUGUCGUCCAAGGGCCUGGACUCACUCUUGGGGGCUCCCCAGAGUGGAGCCAGUUAGCUGCAGGGCAGGCUGCAGGAAUGUCAGCUGCAGGUGGCCUCAGGGCUGGACACGCUGACCCCCGUCAAGGCUGGACACUCGACCCCCACCCGUCUGGUGUGAAAGAAACCCACAUCUGACCCCUGCCCGUCCGCCUGAAGGCAGAAGAGGACACCCUCAGCCCUGCCGUGUGACCCCAGAUGGUUACACGCCAACAAGUCAGCUUGCAGACCAGAGACCCCACUGGAUUUGGGCCAUAAAACUCUCCCCCCUCUUUCUUCUCUUUCCCUGCUGUCCGUCCGUCUGUCUGUCUCUCUCUCUCAUCCUUCCCUGUUAAUCAGCGCCACAAUAAAGACCCCCUGGCCACUUUCCUUUCAGAGCUGGGUGGGCCUGCUGAGCCUCCUGACUGUGGGGCUAGACCGCCCGCCCCAAUGCCGGCCAUUGGCUCCCAGAAGGACACCUCCUGGGGCUGCUGCUGGAGCAGGAGCCUCCACACUCCGGAACCACCUGGCAAGGACAGGUGAGGAGGACUCAGGCUCAGUGACCUCCAGGUGCAUGGCAGGUGGGGCGAGGUGCACAGGCCCGUCUUCCCAGCUGGCUCCUGACGAGGCUCGCUGCCGCUGCACUCUGGGUGCCCGUCCCUACCCCGGGCAGCAGAGCCAGUCCAGGGUGCGGUGCUGAGUGUGGUGCUACACCCCCUUCCCACUGGGCACAGACCGGCUUCCUCUUCUGGCCUAGUAGCAGAACGGUGUUAAGGGAAAGGCCUCUGUGCAGACGAGACCAGUGGACACCAUUCCAGGCUGGGGGUGUCUUUUGGUAAAGCACUUAGCUGGCCAUAGCACUGACCACCCUGAGCAGCCAAGGGUCCUGGUUGGAGGUUGAAAGGCUCACACAGACAGCAGGGACAAAGAUGAGGCACUUGACUGCCAGCCGGUGCUAGCUUAGGUAGGAAGUGAGAGUCAGUUAUCUUAAACAGGAAGCCCCCGGGCCAUCACGGCCAAGGUCAGGUCCUUGCCUACGGUGCACCACGUCCACCCUGCAUGAGAUUCAUGGGAGGCACGCGCUGUCCACGGGCACGGAAGAAGGGAGGAGCAAUUAGAAAAUUUUCGAAACUCCUUGUUACCUGCCCACUGGCCACUGGCCCGCCGCCAUGUUGCAUUAGGGGCUCCUUACCUGAAAGGCUGGGAAGUUCUCAGGGAGACGCCCAACAGAACCCCCAGCCCUCUCUGUGUCUACCCCUCCACACGCACACUUUGCUGUUUUAAAUUCAUUCUCCAAAUCCCAACAAAGCAUCUGACUGCCACGUCAGGGAGUAAGGAGGGCCGUCCUUGAAGGAAGUGGGUGAUGCCACCUUUGCCAGGCCUUCCUGGCUCUGGUCCCACCCCUGCCCUGCCUGCCAGGCAAGUCUAUAAAAACCCAAGUCCUCCCCUCACCGCACGACCAGGCUGAGAGGCAGCACCAUGCAGCCGAGUUUUAGUGGCCUGCGGGCUCUGGUGACAGGAGCAGGGAAAGGGAUUGGACGGGACACUGUGAAGGCCCUGCAGGCCUCAGGAGCCAGAGUGGUGGCUGUGAGCCGCACCAACGCUGAUCUGGUCAGCCUGUCCAAAGAGUGUCCUGGAGUGGAGCCCUUGUGUGUGGACCUGGGAGACUGGGAGGCCACUGAGCGGGCACUGGGCGGUGUGGGCCCUGUGGACCUGCUGGUGAACAAUGCUGCUGUGGCCCUGAUGCAGCCCUUCCUGGAGGUCACCAAGGAGGCCUUUGACAGGUCCUUCAAUGUGAAUCUGCGUUCUGUGUUCCAGGUGUCUCAGAUCGUGGCCAGAGGCAUGAUAGACCGGGGAGUGCCAGGAUCCAUUGUCAACGUCUCCAGCAUGGUGGCCUACGUCCCUUUCCCCAGCCUGGCUGCCUACAGCUCCACCAAGGGUGCAAUGACCAUGUUGACCAAAGCCAUGGCCAUGGAGCUAGGGCCAUACAAGAUCCGAGUGAACUCGGUGAAUCCCACGGUGGUUCUGACGGCCAUGGGCAAGAAAGUCUCGGCGGACCCUGAGUUCUCCCGAAAGCUGAAGGAGCGCCACCCAUUGAGGAAGUUUGCAGAGGUGGAGGAUGUAGUGAACAGCAUCCUCUUCCUGCUCAGCGACAGUAGCGCCUCUACCAGCGGCUCCAGCAUCCUGGUGGACAACGGCUACCUGGCCUCCUAGGGCAAGCCAGCAGGCCCGGCCACCCGCUGGCUGGGCUGUCGGGCUCGCCCCUCCCAAGCCGGGCCCUUGGCCCCCGCACCCCCACCCGUGCAAGCCCCGCCUCCACACCACGGCCCCUCCCACCUCCACGCCCGCCGCCGCGCACGU